UAUGGAUGUGUUCCAUAUAUGAUUUUGGCUCACAACAAUCCAAUUUGUGUUGGAUUUUUGCAGAAUCCUCAAUGGUGGGGAGAAGGAAGCCACUGGUGCUUUCUUCUACAAAAUCACUUAUCAAUUCUGUUCUCAAUUCAUCCAAUAAACUAAACACAAACGGAAUUGAUGGUGCUCCGAUCAACAGACACUCCUCCGGUGACGUCGAUGGCGGUGAAACGACGGCGUUGCAGUUGCGUGCUGGUAUUCUCAGAUUAUCGGAUGAAAAAUUAGGGUUAUCACGCCAGAAGGCGAUUUCUCUCGAUGAAGCUGCCUUGAUUGGACUCUCUACUUCACUUCUCAAAAGGCUCUCUAUCACCUCAGGUUCACUGGUGAUUGUAAAAAAUGUGGAUUCCCAGAUACAAAGAAUCAGCCAAAUUGUGGCUCUUGAUCCUCCCAAUGUUCAUGAUGUUUCAUCAAACAAUGAACUGUUGUCAUACAAUGCUUCAAAUGCAAUGGUUGUGUUUCCUUCAGUUACUUAUCCUCUGAUUCACCAUGUCCCGUUUACUUCAGAAGUUGCAUACGUUUCUCCUCUUUUAGCGUUUAAUCUCGGUUUGCAUACCUCAUGCUUAAAACUGCUUCUUCAUCAUGGAGAAGACAAACUGGCCUCUCUGUUUGAAGUAAAAGGGGACAAUGAAUCUAAUAUCGAAACAAAUGAAGGCUUCUCUGUUAAUCUAGAUAUUAAACCUUUGACAAAAUUACCAAGGUAUGCCUCACAUUUAAGAGUAUCAUUUGUAAAAGUACCCGAAUGUGGUACCAUUGGAUCUCUCAAAGGAAAUUCAUCUAUUGAAGCUGAAGAUCGUCAACAAAAGAUCGAUAUUGCUUUAAAUGAGUACUUCACUAUUGAUAGAUAUCUUUCCAGAGGUGAUGUUUUCAGUAUCCGCGUUAACUGGAGUUGCAAAUCGGCUAUGUGCAUUGCCUGUAGCCAAAAUAAUCAAAAUUCAAGUGAUAACAAUCUAUACUUUAAGGUGGUUGCAGCGGAACCGUCAGAAGAACCCGUUCUUAGAAUCAAUCGCACAGAAACAGCCCUUGUGCUUUCUGCAAGUACUCCGUCUGCUAUUCCCCCAAAUCUUUUAGUGAAUAAGAAAAAAGGUUUUUCACCGUUACAUCAAGAUACGGUAAAAACCCUAGCCUCCAUUAUUACUCCAACUUUAUGCCCAUCAGCACUUUCAUCAAAAUUCCGGGUUGCUGUUCUAUUGUUCGGUUUACCUGGGUGUGGGAAGAGGACGGUGGUGAAGCAUGUUGCUCAUCAACUUGGGCUGCAUGUGGUUGAAUACAGUUGUCACGAUUUAGUUGCAUCCUCCGAGAGGAAAACUUCUGUCAUGUUGACUCAAGCUUUCACUGCCGCUCGUAGAUACUCGCCAACGAUUCUUCUUCUCCGUCACUUUGAUGCUUUUAGCAAUUUGAGCUCCAAUGAUGGUUCACCAAAUGAUCAAAUCGGUGUUAAUUCUGAAGUUGCAUCUGUCAUCAGGGAGUUCACCGAGCCAUUUACCCAAGAUGAAGAUGAUUACGAAGAUGAAGAUGAAGCAGAGCAUAUGAACAGCACUCGAGCCAUAUAUACUCAUCCAGUGCUGCUCGUUGCAGCUGCUGAUAAUUCCGAAGGAUUGCCACCUACAAUUAGGCGUUGUUUUAGUCAUGAAAUGAAGAUGGGACCGUUGACUGAAGACCAAAGAGUUGAACUGCUAUCUCAAUCACUUCAACGUAUUCCUGAACUGCUUCCAGAUACGUCUCCAGAGGAUCUUGCAAAAGAUAUGGUCGGACAGACAUCUGGUUUCAUGCCGAGGGAUAUUAGGGCUUUAAUUGCUGAUGCUAGUUCAAGUUUGGUUCCUACUAAUGGCAUUAGCUUUGAGAACAAAGAGUCCCAAAAGGAUAUUCAGCCUCCUAGCAAAGAAUUUAUGAGCAAAGCUUUGGAGCGAUCCAAGAAAAGAAACGCCUCUGCUCUGGGGACCCCCAAGGUCCCAAAUGUCAAAUGGGAGGAUGUUGGUGGACUAGAAGAUGUGAAAAAAUCUAUUCUGGAUACCGUUCAGCUCCCCCUUCUGCAUAAGGAUUUGUUUUCAUCCGGGCUACGUAAACGCUCCGGUGUUCUUCUUUAUGGUCCUCCUGGUACUGGGAAGACUUUGUUGGCAAAAGCUGUUGCAACCGAAUGUUCUCUUAAUUUUCUAAGUGUUAAAGGGCCUGAAUUGAUCAACAUGUACAUAGGAGAAUCGGAGAAAAAUGUAAGAGACAUAUUCCAGAAGGCCCGCGCAGCCCGCCCGUGUGUCAUCUUCUUUGAUGAGCUGGAUUCUCUAGCUCCAGCCCGAGGUGCUUCUGGUGAUUCUGGGGGAGUUAUGGACCGUGUUGUUUCUCAGAUGCUUGCAGAGAUUGAUGGCCUGAAUGAUUCUUCCCAAGAUUUGUUUAUAAUAGGAGCAAGCAACAGACCAGAUCUUAUAGAUGCAGCACUUCUAAGGCCUGGUCGGUUUGAUAAGCUACUUUAUGUUGGCGUCACUACAGACCCGUCUUAUAGAGAAAGGGUAUUGAAAGCAUUGACCCGUAAAUUUAAAUUACACGAAGACGUAUCUCUUUAUUCAAUAGCCAAGAAAUGUCCACCAAACUUUACGGGCGCAGACAUGUAUGCAUUGUGUGCAGACGCUUGGUUCCAUGCUGCAAAGCGCAAGGUUUUAGCCGCCGAUGCAGAUCCAACUAACAUGAAGGAUGACGUUGAUUCUGUGGUGGUUGAAUAUGAAGAUUUUGUGACGGUAUUGAGAGAGCUCUCCCCCUCACUUUCUCUAGCAGAGCUUAAAAAAUAUGAGAUGUUGCGAGAUCAAUUUGAAGGAGCUUCUUCAAAAUAAUUUUUAUAUGUCGCGUAUUUUGUGCAAAUGUAAAAAGAAAAAGAAGGUUAGACAUUGUUGUGAAUAACUUAUUUAAAAAGAAUCAAGACAAUUACAAUGAUAAUAAAUUUUUGUUUAACUUCAAGAAAAAGAAGGUUAGACAUUGUUGUGAAUAAA